CAAUAAAACUAAAAGGAGGCUUUCUCAUACUGACUGUACGCUAGGAUUUGUUUUAUGCGAAUGUCGUCACUUCCACGAUAACACGGAAGUUGACGGAACUAUGUACAUUGCGGCUCACGGUGAGCGCUGGCCAGCUGCGUGUUCUUCAUUGCAAGGAUUUUACAGUGAUGAAGCCUGCCAUAGCAGAGACGUCGGGAAAUAGCCCCUCCUCUUGGGUGUGUGUGUGUCCCAGAGGCCUUAGGGAGGUUCAGUGCAGGCACAUAGAGCAGGGAAGAGAGUCUGGUCACACUGGAGGAGAUGGGGCUUUAUCAUCAAGUGACUGCCCACGGUUGGGUUCUUUAUGUCAGGUGAGAGUCCGACUCAAAGAGGGUCCGGAAAUGGGUCAGCUGGACGCGAGCCUGUCGGUCACACCUGACCAGCCAAUCACAGAGCUGACUGGGACACAGCCAACACCAUUCCCACGUGCUCUAGACUCUGUCCUGCAGCUCCCGCUGGGUGAUUGGACGGUGCUGCGACUCGGGGACGGUCAGUGUGACAUCACAGAGAGCUGCCUGGAGGGGAUGACAGCUAGAGGCAUGUGUGAGAUAUUACUGACCCCAGUGAGACACGGUUCCACAGCCAGCGCUGACUUGGUGCCUUGCCCUGGAACCGAGGAUGCAGAAGGAGAGAACGCCACAGACCAGCCUCUGAGCGCCCUCGUCGAGCUGCAUUCAUUCACGCCAGGCAGGGAAUCCUGGGAAGUCCCCCCAGGUGAGAAGUGGAGCUGGCUGAGGUCGCACAAGGAGCGUGGAGGAGCCCGCUUCAGGAGCGGCGACGUGUGGGGGGCCGCAGACAGUUACAGCCGUGCGCUCAAACUCCUCAUCAGCCUCCAGCAACACACGCGGGAGACGAGCGGAGGGAUGGAGGACAUAGAGGAGGAGGAGGAGGAGGAAGACCAGCAGACAGGCGAUGCCACACAGCAGCCGCCCUCAAAAGCCCCUCUCCCCUCAAUGAGGGAGCACAGAAGCGUCAAAGCGGAGCUCCACUCUAACCUCUCUCUGUGCCAGCUCAAACUGCACCUACCCGAGAGAGCCAGGACCAAUGCUGCUAAGGCCGUUCUGCUGGAGCCUGGCGGGGCCAAGGCCUGGUACCGGCUGGGCCAAGCCUGCCUGGAAGUGUCUGAUCUGGGGGAGGCCAGGAGGGCUUUUCAGAGGCUGCUGGAGCUGCAGCCGGACUCAUCCACUGCUCAGAAAGGACUCAGAGAAGUGGGGAACAGAGAGAGGGAGACAAACAGCCAGUUAGGACAGAGACUCAGUAAAAUGUUCAGCUGAGUUUGGACUGAGAUCGAGCAGGUGUUGGAAUCUAGCUCUGGAAGUCUGUAACGUCUCAUCAGCUCAAAAUUGCUUGUAAAAGCAUUGGUGUUACUGGUGCUGUAUUGCUUGACCACCUUUAUAACUGUCAAGUGCACUUAAGGAAUAUUUAUUUUCUGAAUGUAAGUCUUAUGUAGGCCACAUUUUAUAGUAGCCUAGCUAUAUGAGAGACAUCAACAUUAAUGAUGAAUGGUCAACUGAAGAUUUGAAUUUUGGAUUUCAAAAUAAAUGCUUACAAUGAAUCCCAGCAUGUAAAGCGCAAUUACCCCCAAUCCUUUUUCCAAAAUAAUGAAUUGUCAAGAUGAUUGAAAUAAAAAUCGUAUUUUUAAUUGAAAAAUGUUUGUUAAAAUUCUGCUGACGAAAAGAUGGUCGCUCGAAUCCACCCAUAUGUUUUUCCAUGCAUCUGAUAUAUGGUAUGUAUUUAUACCAUAACUUUAACAAUGGCAGUAAUACAUUUGAUUCAUUUUAUCACUGACUUUAAUGAACCAUCCAUUGACUUUAAACAUGCUAUUCUGUGUUAAAGGCGCUAAAUUGCAUUGUCUCCUUGGGAAUCAGUUGUAAAGUAAUGAAUUAUACAAGGACGACAACGACUGCAUACACCAGUGCCUUACUCAGCACUCGUCAGUCAUGAAGUUCUAAAUGUAUAUACAAUUCAAUGUAUAGGGACCAAAAUGCCGAAACCCGGGAUCGAACCAGGGACCUUCAGAUCUUCAGUCUAACGCUCUCCCAACUGAGCUAUUUCGGCAUGAAUACAUCGGCAUGUUACUUUGGUAUAAAAAGUUUUUUUUUUUUCAGUUCUUAAAUUGGGUAAAUCCAAGGAAAAAUAAACUACCCACAUACACAUGUGUACGCAAAAAUAAGCCUUCCCAUUUUCUGGAAUAAAAAACAAAAAAGGUUUAUCUAGGACUUUGCAGUUGUCCAGUUGUUCAUUACUUAGUUGUAAUGUUUUUACAAAAUCUGAAACAAGCCAGUAAGUUGUUACACUGUCAUUACACAGUUGUUACACUGUCAUUACACAGUAUGAUGUUGUCAUUACACUGUUAUGUUAUUAUUACACUGUUAGUAAGUUUGGUAUUGCACUGUUGUUACACUGUUAUUACACAGUUAACUGAGUAUCUGUACUUCUACUUGAGUGGAUGUGUGUACUUUUGCC